UCUUUCUAAUUAAACAACUAUUUGAUAAGGGAAAAAAAUUAUCCAUAGUUUGAAAACAUGAGCAGCAAAGAAUAUCAAUGCAUGGAUCCGGCAUACAGACACUUGGUGAAAUUACAGGGGAUGGCGAAAAAAGAACAGGUUUCACAGGAACUGAAGGCGGAAAUUGAUAAAAUCAUUAAAUUAUUGGAGGCACGCAUGGACUAUUGUGAAAGCCAAACUUCACCAGCGAGCGAGGAGCUUCAAUAUUUGAUAAACAAGACAAAAAGUCAUCCGUGGAAUAAAGCUUAUCUCCAAGGGCAGGUAUCCUACCAACCCAGUACAGCAAUGCUUUCUGGAAAUUUAGAAGCCCAGUUUCUGAAAUCUCUGGUGAGCAUUGGAAACAUAAGUCGUGUUCUGGAGUUGGGACUUUUUACCGGAUGUUCGGCCUUGGCACUUGCGGAAGCACUUCCGGAAGGCGGGAAGGUUGUUUCUUGUGAAGUGGACCCGUAUAUUGCAGAACUUGCAGGAUCACUUUUGGGAAAAUCAUCUGCGGGAAAGAAAGUAGAUAUAAUGCUUGGCCCUGCGAAGGAUUCUUUGAAGAAACUUUGUGACAAAAAUAUGGAGUUUGAUUUGAUUUUCCUAGAUGCUGACAAAUCCAGCAACAGUACAUAUUACAAGCUGAUUUUCGAAUACGGGCUUCUAGCUGAAAGUGGAACCAUACUAGUGGACAAUAGUCUUUUCUUUGGAGAUCCCUACUCUAACGAGGAUUAUAUGGGGAGAGGCCAUGGCACGGGUCAAUUCAAUGAAAUGGUCAAACAGGAUGAAAAAGUCCACCAGGUUUUGCUGCCGAUACGAGACGGUCUUCUCUUAAUCAGGAGAAAAGAUGACAUGCAAGCAUCAGGGGGACGCAGGGGGACAAAGGGAGACACCACGGGGAGACACCACGGAAACGAACCAUUAGCCAUGGUCUGUUCGUAAUAUUAAUUGUGAUUCCUCUGGA